AUGUCCACCCGCACCUCUGAAGACGGAGUGGAGAGCUCUAAGGCUUCCUCUCCCACAACAGCCUCCCAGUCCGCAGCCACAACAUCCUCCACACCUACCCCGUCUCGUCAUCUCCAGCCUUUGCGUAGGCGGCGCAGGGCCGGUGUCGAUUAUGACGCCACCCUGAUCCAGGGCAUUGCCAUCCCGAGUGCGAACAUGCCAGGACGUACGCCCACUACCUCUACUUCCGCCACACCCCCAGCGCAACUCAACAGAGUCACAACCAUCGAUAAGAGAACCCGAGAUAUCGCCAGGAAAAAUCUCAGCGACAAGCUAGAUUUCAUGAAGACAUUGUGUGAAGAUGGUAAUGAGUUCAUGCUUUGUGUGACUGCCGUAUUCGCCAAGGCGUGGGAGGCGAUGAUUCACAGACGAGUGAAAGAUGAGGGAGAGGACCUCAACGGUUAUAGGGACUUCAUCAUUGAGGCCCUCAAUCUCAUGGACGCAUGGUUAGAGCAUUGGGACGGUCCUGAGGAUAGCCAGGGUUGGACCGGUCGUAAAAACUUCGACCUACAUGUCGACUCGAUAUGCACCGAAAUGCCAACAGACCCAAGGCGCCCGGCUGAUCGCUACGAGAGCCUGCGCGAGUCCAAGCGUACAUUGAUCCGCGGAUGCAUCGAAGGGAUUGUGGCUUUGUUCCCACCCGGGGACCCGAUGUCCUCCAUCAACCAAGCCACCUUGACCACUGCCUGGGAAGCAAGGUUUUGGCAAGACGCCUAUGGGGCGGACGGCAACGUCAACAUCUACGGGGAUGCAGUCGAAGACCAUCUCAUAGACCUCCGUGAGUGGAAAGAGGACUGGGCGUUGAACGAUCAGACCGAGAGUGGCCAAGAUAGGUUUCGCGCGUACUUGAUGAGGUACCAUCAAACAGAUGUCCACCUCCGUCUCCCAACCAUCGCCCCGUCAACUACAGCCACAGGCGUUGGCAUAGAUGACGACGCUGAGGGCGAGUCGGAUGAAGAGCUCUACAGGGCACCCUCUCCUGCUAGGUCUCCUUACAAUCAAGACGCUAACAACAACAACUCGCCCUACUAUCUACCCACCACACCCAGCCAAGACUCCAACCUCGAAGAGGAGCUUUAUGAUCUCGCUGGGGGAAAUGACCCUACAUCUGGCGCUGAGGAUAAACCCGAAGAGUCUCCUGACUGCGCUGACCUCUCCCUCGAAGCCAUCAUUCUCAAAGCUUUCGAAGACGAUGAGACUGUGGACCCGUCUCUCCAAGCCUGUGUACCACAAGCCUCUUCGGAAGAGAUGGUCUUGGAUCCAGCCCUUGGUGAUCACGCUGUCAUCCACACCAGCACGACUCCCAUCGCCGCCCAACCUAUUACCUCCUCCUCCCAGAACCAAGAAAUGGAUGGCAUCGAUUAUCAUCGUACAGUGGAACAGCUUCUGAUAACACAGGUACAAGAACAUGCCCCCUCUAUCAUCGUUGCUGUUCCCGUCGAGGAUAUUGAGAUGGGCGAGUCAUCCACCGUUCCGCCCCCCUCGCAAGAACCAACCACUACCACCGCAACCAUCACGGGUGAUACAGAGAUGGGCGAGGCAGCAUCUAUGCCCUCCUCUAGUGCCAAAGACCAGAUUGUCGAGGACAUUUGUAUGACCUCAGACGAACUGCCAAAGCCCACUGCUGGUACCAUCAUCCCAGUCACUGAGAUCAGUGCCACGGACACGAAGAAAGUCCAAUUUCUUCCUGGUCUUGUCGCUGGUGCUUCCAACAUUUUCGGCACGGACCCAAAGGUACCAGUCUCAAUUCUCAAGCAGUCUACGCUUGUGCCUUCCUCAGGAUUUGUCUUUGCAGGCUCUCCUUUUUCCUCCGCCCCCGCGUCCGCCCCCUCUCCCGCAUCAUUCGUCGCCCCUUCUGCUACAUCUGGCGGUAUUGUGGCGAACACGGAAAAGCCAGCGAGCCCUGCCUUCCCUCCUGGGGUUGCUACUUUUGGCGGCUUUGCGGGAAAGCCCGUGACCUCUACCUUUUCCGUUGCUCCUGCUCCUGCUCCUACCCCUACCAUCCUUGGCGGCAUUGCAGCGAAGACUGAUCAUCCAGAGGCUAAAGCGAAGCUGGAAGUAAAGAAACCAAUCUUCGGUCCAGAGGGCACCAAGGUCAGCAGUGGACCAACCGGUACGAAGCCAGCAUCGAACCCAAAUUUCAGCUUGACCGGCAUCAAGUUCGGCAAUGGACUAGCUACUACAAUCCCAGCGCCGAAGUCUGUCUGCGACUUCUGUGGCCCUAUCCCCGAUUUCUCGAGUAUGCUCAAGCGUGGUGCAUCCAAGGCUGCUAUUGAGGUUCCAGCAUCAUCAUCCGAAAUCGCCAAGAACACUCAGACUGAGGAACCUGCCACUCCAGUGACGGCAACUGAGACCGUAGAUUGCAAUACCAAUAAUGGUGACGUCGAGACACCAGCAGUUGAGAAUCAGGCAGAUGCUCCAAACAAGACCGUCUCGACCUCGCCCGUCCCCACUAAGGUUAACGGCGUCUCCAAAGAACCUCAUAUAGACGAGGUAUCAGAUGAGCUCUUAACUGCCCCCAACGAAACUCAUGUAGAUAAGACGUCUGCAGAGUCUACCAUCGUUUUUGAGACUUCAAUCAAAGAAGUGGUCUCCCCGGUGGAUCGUUUCCUUGCCGCCAUGGAGGAACUCAAGUCGCUCCGAGCAUGCCUGUCCACGACAGAGCUGGACCACGCUCUAAAGAAGAAGCGCAACGAUGACUCCGAUAUCUUUGGCAAAGACGACUUUCAGGCGGGGCGCCGUCUCAUGGCGUCCAUCAAGAAAAUAUUCAAGCAACCCAGCCCGGUUCCCCUAAACACCAAGACGACGGCACCGGUAGUCGAGGAGAGGCGGCCUGAAGUUGAGACGCCCCAGAAGGUUGAAGACUCCAAGUACGAGGAGCAUAUCGAGAGCAAGACACAGCAGCAGCCCGUGGCCAAGGCGGCUGAGAUGAUGCCCGAGAACUCAAUCAAGGCGACCGACAACGCACCCGUUUCUGCAGUGCAGUCUGCAACCAAGGCGACUGAAGAGAAGCCUGGGUCUGCAACCACGGCAACUGAAGAUAAGCCUGAGGUCAAGAAACAGAAGUGCACGGACUCCAAGGACAAGGAGCCUGUCGGGGGUAAGAAGCAACCUGAUAGUGAAAAUCUACAGGAAGAGGAGACGAUUGAAUCUUCUGUUCCCAAAGCCUCCCCUAGGUUCGAUGAGUUGUUCAAAGAUAUCGCCGUCUCCAAAAAUCUCUGGAUGAAGGAGUACAACUUUUACGGCACUCCUCGAGCGCUCAUCAACAUUGCCGAAGAGCUACUUACCCACGACCCCGAGCCCUCCGUCCAAAAUACCACAAUCGAGAACCUGGAGGUCAUUGCCCGCAAGUGGGAACAACUCCUUACUACCGCAAACCAUUUGAAAGCUCUUCGGGAGGCCUUCAACGGCGACUAUGACGCCACCUUCCGCCGCGACGCCUAUAAAUUUCGGGAGUACAAGCUUGUUUACGAUACGUAUAUCUACAAGGCGAGCCAAGGCACGCAAACGCGUCGCAAAUACUACGAGAGUGAGGCUCAAAACCAGGAUGCUGCUGGUAUGAGGAUGCGCGAAGGCGUUCGAGAAGAGCUUCACGAACUCCUUGGCAUGUAUGGCGUGUAUCUCGCCUCUCUGAAGGCCCUGCAGCAACUCUUCCCCUUCCACGAGGGCUUGGAGCAUAUGUCCAGCACGUCACUCACGGUUUUCCACGAUCUCAUUGAGGCUAGACACCAGGCCUUUAUGUUUCCGAUUCUUCCAUUCCCACGCAAAAUUUCUGACGAUCUGGCGGUUGAUGACGCACAGCGUGCGUUGAUCAAGGACUGCUGCGCCGACCCCAUGGCCGACGCUGCUUAUGAUCAACUGAUCGCGAGGGCCAACGCCUUGAAAUUCGACUGA